AUGGAGUUCUUCUUUGCUUUUGGUGUCGUUUUGGUAACUGUUCUGUGUCGUUUCGAAGUGGGGUUCUCUUUGGAAGAAGCCAAUAAGAACUACAUUGGGUGGGAUGAUUUCGAGGUUGAUGUUCAGAAAAUGGGGUUGGCCAAAGGAGAUGAUGAUCAGUACGGUAAUGGCACCAGAGUUAUUGUUGUUGAUAAGAGUGGUAAGGGUGAUUCUUUGACUGUUCAAGGAGCUGUUGACUUGGUUCCACAAUUCAACUCUCUAAGAGUUAAGAUUUUCAUUCUUCCUGGAAUUUACAGAGAAAAAGUGUUGAUACCAAGCACUAAGCCAUACAUAUCAUUCAUUGGGAACCAAUCUCGAACAUCUGAUACAGUGAUUAGUUGGAAUGAUAAGGCUUCUGAUAAAGACAAAAAUGGGUUUCAAUUGGGAACAUAUAACUCAGCUUCAGUAGCCAUUGAAUCUGAUUACUUUUGUGCUACUGGUAUUACUUUUGAGAAUACUGUUGUUGCUGACCCUGCAGGAUAUGGAAUGCAAGCAGUGGCAUUAAGAAUUGCAGGUGAUAAAGCUGUGUUUUAUAAAGUAAGGAUCUUGGGGACUCAAGAUACUCUUUUGGAUGACACUGGAUCACACUACUUUUACAAAUCUUACAUUCAGGGUAGUGUUGAUUUCAUCUUUGGCACAGCUAGAUCUCUCUACAAGGAUUGUGUUCUACACUCAACAGCAACUUAUGGUGGAGCAGUUGCAGCACACCACAGAGAUUCACCACAAGAAAACACAGGCUUCUCUUUUGUAAACUGCAUAGUUACAGGAACUGGAGAUAUAUACUUGGGAAGAGCUUGGGGAGACUAUUCAAGGAUCAUAUAUGCAUAUUGCUAUUUUAGCAAGAUUGUAACUUCUUCAGGAUGGAGUGACUGGAAUCUUCCAUCAAGACAAAAGACUGCUGAGUUUGGAGAAUAUCACUGCAGGGGUGCUGGAGCAGAUCAAAAAGGUCGAGUUCCAUGGAUGAAAUCCUUCAGUGAUGAGCAGAUUAAGCCUUACAUAAGCACAAACUACAUAGAUGGACAACAAUGGCUUAAUAUGUAGUUCUACAUCUCUUCACUUACCACUGUUUCAUACCACUUUUUCUCUGAUUCAUUACAUGAAGAGCUAACAGAUCCACAAGGCAUUCUCAAGAAAAAAUAUAUAAUACUAGUAACCUUUUCAAUUGUUCUUUAGUUUUAUAGAGAAACUGACAAAUAUAGCUAUACACGUGUAAUUCUUGCUCUUUACUGAUUACAAUUUUCUUACAAUGUGAGGAUCAUCAACCAGUGGUUGUCAAAGUGUAGUGUGUUUGUGCAAGGUUUUGGUAGUUUUAAAGAAGCAAAAUAGAGAACACAAAUGAUCUGAUAUCAUUAUAGAUUUCAAAUUUUUUUUACACAUGAUACAAAACAAGCACAGGGUGAGUCAUUUCAUGGUGUAACAUGAAAUCAGACUUUUGACUCAUUUUAUGGAGCUCCUAAUUGAAGGUAUCUAAACUCUACUGCAAUUAGUAAAAAUCAGAAAGGUAAUAAAAAUCCUAAUUCCGUGACUGUACACCUACAAAAGCCCCCA